AAUGAAAUUGCCACAGUUGAGCUUGAUGGCGCUGCUGGUGCACAUAGGGAGGACUUAUUGAACGACAGUGAUUGUCGCCAAUGCUUUUAUAUGACUAACUCGUUUAAAUUAUAUCAAAAGACAGCUAUAGCUAUAAAAUUUUCAACAAACAUUUCUACGAUGCUUUUCUUGCUUCAUGUCAUUUUGAACUUAUGCAUUUCAGGUAAGUUAAGCAAAAUUUUUUUAUUUUUGUGAUUCAGUCCGUAGCUUCAAAUCUGCUGCCUUCGAGCGAAUAGCUACUUCCGGGAGUGUAAAACUUGAUGCUUGUAUUUUUUUUAUCUAUAAGUAAAACUACUACGCAUAUACUUCCUCCGAAAUAUUGUAUGGGUAUUGCAAAAUUCCGAGUAUAAUUUUCUAAAGGAAAUAAUAUAAUUCGCAGAGGGCCUUUAUGAUCGCUCCUUCUGCAGGAAAGUGAAACAAGGAUUGUUUACCACUCAUGGGCUGGAAUCAAAGGUGUGUUAGAAGAAAUGAAAAAUUAAUUUCCAUUUGGAUGAAUUAAUCAGUUAAUACACAAACUGAAUAAUGUGAGAAUUUGAUGGAUCAUAUCAAAUUGUGCCUUAAUGAUUUUGCAGGCCUCUAUAAUAACGGGCCAGUCAAUGGAUAACGAGCACAUAAAAAGGUUAAAAAGGGGAAAAAUAGAGAAUGGCAAAUAAGGUUAUUGAUAGGUCUGAAGUUAUUUGAACAUUCCAAGUCCUGGUCAUCACCCGUUCCCCGUUUUAGUAACAUCCGAACUACAAGAGCUAGUUAAUCAAUCUCGCCUGAAGUGCCCUAAACGGAACAAUAAAACCAUAGAACACGAGGCAGUUCUUUUGUUAACAAUGUUUUUUGCUUUUGGUUUUAAAGUUUUUUGAAUAACUGACUGCGAUGGCAAGAAAUCGAUCGGCCAAGGAUAAAAAAGCAAAUCAACAUUCUCGUCAGCCGGAGCAUGUGUCUAAAAAAUUCCCUUUUUUUCCUUUCUCUGGGGAAGGAGGAAACCUGUCCGUUGUAAUGUUUACCGCUUUCGUUAGCAUUCUUUUCCCAAAUUUUCCGGCGACCUUAUUGGUUCCCUUAACGCCUGUGCGUUGAUUGGUUUUUUAGCGUGGCAGGUAUCUUGUUUGUUUUGAACAUGAGGUUUCUAUAUUAGUAAGCGUCUUCUCGGAAUCAAGACCCGAAGGGGCAAGUUUUGUUGAACUCUUCUCUGAAAACGACGUCGUAAGAGCUUACAGAGUACUGGUGCAUAUCAGAAAGAUGUAAAUUCAAAAAUAUGUAUUCUCUCCGUGGUUGUAUAUUUUAGUAAGGUUUUGUUUAAUAACUCGCUAAGGCAAACUUAAAUUGCUAAGAAAACAGCUUUCGCUUAAAAAAUCUUCAACGAACACAUCCACGAUGCUGUUAGUUUAUGUUAUUAUGAACCUUUGCAUUUCAGGUAAGUUAAACAAAAUUUUUAUAUAAAUCGGUGUUCAGUUUUUAAUCUAUGGAGGAGAAGCCUUUGCGGCUAAACUCGUGUAUUGUCAGUAUCGAGGAUAAUCAAAAGCGGCGACCGAACUACAGAAGGAAGUGACAAUUUAUGGUUGUAUUUCUUCAACUAUAAAACUGCAGAAUGGCUACAAAAUUAAGAGUACAUUAUUUGAUAACCUAGUUACAUGGCAUUCUUAAAUUCAUGGUUCUCAGAAAAUUUGUUACCUGACUCAACGUUAAUCAAUUGAUAAAAAUUUUGCAUAUGCAGAAAUUGAUUUCACUCAAAACGAACCGCCAAAUGACGAAAGCGAGACUGGUUUUCGCCUUCAUUUUAACGUGGUAUUCACGAGACAGGUAACCUUCCUUGAAUCGCAUGAGCUUUUAUAAGUAACCUUAAAACCCCAUGCACUUAAAUUGCACGCUUGGGCUGCCUGUGAGGUCCUCUGAUAUCGUCUUUGCUUCAACUACCGACAAAUUAGCAAAAUAGGUCCUACACAAGAGAUUAGAAGCUCCCCGACAUAUGAUUUAUAAUUUAUCGAGCUGAAUCUACGUUUAAGAAUCGCAUAUAGUUGUUCUGGCCCAACAACUUUUAAAUAAACAGCAUUUGCAUACUUACGAAUUCUAGGAAUAUUUUGUGGUAAACAACGUUAUUUCUUAGAAUUGCACAUUAACGAUUUCAAUACCGAGGGUUUAUGGAUGUUUCGUUUUCCUCUCGGUUAAAAUAGUAUCAGCAUUUGUUUACACUCCUCAAGUACUUCCCAUUUUUCUAGGAAAACUAUUAUUAGUGACAUAUUUGACACAUGGGCAGCAAACUGGCCUAGGGGGGAAAAUAAGGAAUCUUAGAAUGCGGAAAUCUGGAUGGGUGGACAAUGUAACUAUCAGACCUCGUUGUUGGAUAGUGCUAUAUAUCCAUCGGAUAAAUCACUAUCCAGCGGAUAAACGGUAAAGGAAACCAAUGCAUUAUCCGUAUUACUCAGUGGAGUAGCGUUAUCGAGUUUUGAAACAACUGGGGCCAGAUAGUUAGCAG